ACCUAUAGGGCUUCACGCUGUCAAAACAAUCACAAGUGGAGUUGUGUUUCUUUGGGAAAAUUCCUCAAAAUCGCCAGUUUUUAUUGACCUACGAAGGAUAAAACAACCUCCUGACAAAAGUGCAAAUUGCGUCACAAUUGUGAAAUUUCUCGAAACCUGCCCAGAAAGAAAUUGCGUCUGAAAGAUGCUUUCCCGACUGGUUUUGUCUGGUUCCUGCGUAUCCAAGUCGGCUUUUAAUGCUGCCCCCAUCAGGCAGCACUCCCUGAUCAUCCGACAAUUCGGCCGCGAUGCCCGGGAGCAAGCUCGGGAGGGUUUCUCGAGUAGGAUGGGAGCUCGCACGCGGCCCAGCCUCAAGGAGAGAUUGAUGGCGCCUGCCGGACCCAAUGCCUUCAGCAUGGGAAAGGGAGCUCUUGUUGGAGGAUCUGCUCUCGGACUCGGAGCACUCUGCUUCUACGGAUUGGGUCUGGGAAAAGGCACUAGCGCUCUCAACAAUUCAAUGCUCUGGCCUCAGUACGUCAAAGAGAGGAUUCACAAUACUUACAUGUACUUCGGCGGCUCCCUGGCCAUCACAGCACUCACGGCUCUUGCAGCUUUUCGCUCUCCAGCUGUCCUCAAUAUUGUCAGUCGCAAUGGUUUUCUGGCGAUUGUACUGAUGAUGGGUGCUGUUGUUGGUUCUGGUUCGAUUGCCCAGUCUAUUCCGUAUAGUGAAGGCAUUGGGCCGAAGCAGUUUGCCUGGAUGGCUCACUGUGCUAUUCUAGGGGCUGUCAUUGCUCCCCUCUGCUUCCUUGGGGGCCCCAUUUUGACUAGAGCCGCUCUGUACUCCGCUGGAGUGGUUGGAGGACUCUCCACAGUCGCAGUCUGUGCACCAAGCGAUAAAUUCCUCUACAUGGGCGGUCCUCUGGCCAUUGGUCUGGGGGUGGUAUUUGCCUCCACACUGGCUUCCAUGUGGCUACCUCCAACAACAGCUCUGGGCGCUGGUCUGGCCUCCAUGUCCCUCUACGGCGGACUGCUGCUCUUCAGUGGAUUCCUACUCUAUGACACCCAGAGGAUUAUCCGACGCGCCGAAACACAUCCCAUGUAUGCGAUGCAGAAAUUCGAUCCCGUUAAUUGCGCGAUGUCAAUUUACAUGGACACAUUGAACAUCUUCAUUCGAAUUGCCACUUUGCUGGCGGGAGGUGGAAGCCGUAGAAAGUAGGCAGAGGAAUAAAUUUUGAAAAUAAAUUGUCUGUGAAUUCUCUAAUAAUAAAUAAAUUAAAAUGAA